UAUCGUACAAAGGCUGCUGAAAUACGCGAGGAGAGGUCAAAGUACGUUAUCCCCGGACUGACCAAAGAGGCUGCCGCCGAGAUAACCCGUCAGCGUGAGGCAGCCAAAGCAGCAGAAGCCGCGGCUGAAAAACGACGGACUGCUGCGGCCUCAACUAAGAAACCCAGAAAGAAGAAGGGUGGGCAGAAGAAACCUACGGGUCAGCCCGAGGCCAGUGCUACUGCUACUCCACCGAAGACAACACAACGUGAGACCCUCUUCUCUACCACGUUUCUCCUGGUGUCGUACGCUUUGCUAGGAAAGAAUACCGUGACAGUGAACGAGCCCAAAGCCACCGUCCCUAAGGCUGAGGAAAUCGCCCAUAAUCAGUCCUCAGAAACUGAUCCAGAGGAAGUUAAACGUCUUCUUCGGGCAGAAAAUAAGCGACUGCGACAGAUUAACGAAUUGGAGGAAAGACAGAAGAAGGGUGAAAAGCUGAAUGCUGACCAGCUCGCCAAGUUGCAGCGGCGCGCUGAAGUGGAGGCUUUAAUUGAAAAACUGAGCAACCUUGCUGCAUCUUAG